GCAAAAGUUUGGUCGUGGAUUGUUUUUCCUGGACUUUAUUAUAUAUCUGUCCUUCCUGUCCGCACUGACUGCGUUGUGUUUUGUUGUGCCUAAUAUAUUCACGGCGAGGCUUGACGAGUAUGGAUGUCCAUUACCAGUUGGCAGCAAUACAAGUGUUUAUUACGACCAGGAUGGCAAUAUAAUUCUGACAGGCAACUAUGUAUUCGAUGUCACUUUCGUAUUACAACUAUAUAUUGCAGUGUACGUUGUGAUAAACGUCAUACGGGAGUUCUUUGAACUUAUCCAGACGGGGUAUAAUUAUUUCAUGGAGAUAUCGAACUGGGUGGAUUGGGCCAUGUACAGCACUGCACUAUAUUUCAUAUUCCCACCGGGUCAUAGUCCGUGUGUCGGCCAAUGGAAAAGUGGAUCCUUUGCUAUAUUUUGUGCUUGGCUAGAUUUAAUUCUGUAUUUCAGGCGAAUCAGCAUGUUCGGUGUAUACGUCGUCAUGUUUUUUAAAGUCCUCAAGUCGUUUGUAAAGAUCGUUAUACUCUUCCUGAUGUUCGUUAUCGCUUUCUCGUUUGCAUUGCAUAUGAUGUAUUUUGAUAUGGACGAAUUCAGUACAUUUUGGAGGAGUUUAGUGAAAGUCUGCGUAAUGUCUGUUGGCGAGUUGGAUUACGGAGAUUUAUUCUAUGGACGCGAGCACAAAGAGGGAUUCAUAGCUAAUCCUUUGUCAACACCUCUUUAUAUUUUAUUUUUAUUUCUCAUGCCGAUACUCCUCAUGAAUUUGUUGCUUGGUGUUGCUGUGGGCGAUAUCGACGAAGUUCAAAAGAGAGCAACGCUUGAGAAAAUAGAAAUGGAGGUAAACAUGUUGGAGCAAAUGGAAGACAGCAUGCCAACCUGGUUACAACGGAGAUUAUACACGCCGCAGUUGACUUAUGAACCCUACAGCACAUCGUGUUCCUCCAAGGUUAAAAAAUGUUUUUCAAGAAGAAAUGUAGACUUGGAGAAGAGGGAAAGAAUCAUGCAAGAAGCAGGAGGAGUUAACGCUGAAAGUCUGCAAGAAAACAUAGAAGAAUUUAGAUCUAGUGUAGUUGAGAGGCAGAAACUAAUGACACAGAUGAUGGAGCUAAACAACAGUGUACUGAUGAAGAUGGCAGAAAAACUGGAUGUUAAAUUUGACGAAGCCCAAUUUAGGGCUGCCAAAGAUUUGUCGAAUUAG